CCACCCCGCAAUAUCAACUGAGUCACACCAUUCGCCUCCAGAUAUAUCCUGCGAACAUCGAAGGCUCCCUCAAACCGCAAGACAUUCGACACAGCUUCUGUUGACAAGUUGACCGCUCUGGGCUACUUGUAGAAACUCUGAAAUCUGUACGGCCUCAAGCCAUCCACAAACAUGGCUACCAACGGCGAUCUGCCCUCUGACGAUGAAUUUUCUCAGCCUGGCACCCCCCCUGGCGACGAGAAUGAUGUCGAUGACAUUGAAGAAACCAACCAACCACCCAAAUCCGCGCUGAAGAAGAACACCUCGGCCGCGAUUCCUGAACCACAAGUCCCUCGCCCUGUCCUGCCCGAGCAGCCCGACCCGAAAGAUCUCGAUGUCUCGAAACUAACUCCUCUGUCACCCGAAAUCAUUGCAAGGCAAGCCACGAUCAACAUCGGCACAAUAGGCCAUGUGGCUCACGGGAAGUCGACCGUCGUCAAGGCCAUCUCGGGAGUCCAAACCGUCCGAUUCAAAAAUGAGUUGGAACGAAACAUCACCAUCAAGUUGGGGUAUGCCAACGCCAAAAUCUACAAGUGUGACAAUCCAGAGUGUCCGCGACCUACAUGUUACAAAUCCUACAAGUCUGAAAAGGAGGUCGACCCUCCGUGUGAAAGAGAAGGGUGCGGAGGCACGUACCGACUUCUCCGCCACGUGUCUUUCGUCGACUGUCCUGGGCACGAUAUUCUGAUGAGCACCAUGUUGUCUGGCGCCGCAGUCAUGGAUGCAGCGUUGCUUCUCAUAGCAGGAAACGAAAGCUGUCCCCAGCCACAGACCUCGGAACAUCUUGCUGCCAUCGAGAUCAUGAAACUGAACCAUAUCAUCAUCCUACAGAACAAGGUCGACUUGAUGAGGGAAGAGGGGGCACAAGCACAUUACGAGUCGAUUCUGAAGUUCAUCAAAGGCACUGUUGCAGAUGGCUCACCGAUUAUCCCCAUCUCUGCUCAGCUGAAGUACAAUAUUGACGCCAUUAACGAGUACCUGGUCACCAAAAUCCCUGUUCCGGUGCGAAAUUUCAGCGCCGCACCACAUAUGAUCGUAAUUCGAUCAUUUGAUGUGAACAAGCCCGGCGCUGAGAUCGAGGAUCUCAAAGGCGGCGUCGCGGGCGGUUCUAUCCUCACUGGCGUCCUCAAACUCGGCGACGAAAUCGAGAUCCGCCCGGGAAUCAUCACGAAAGACGCAACAGGUCAGACUGUGUGCCGCCCCAUCAUGUCCCGGGUUGUGAGCUUGUUCGCCGAACACAAUGAUCUGAAAUUCGCCGUGCCUGGAGGCCUUAUCGGCGUAGGCACCCGGGUUGACCCCACACUCUGCAGAGCAGACCGUCUAGUCGGCCAUGUACUGGGGUUGAAGGGCCAACUCCCUGAAAUCUACAUGGAACUUGAGGUUAACUACUUCUUGCUCCGGCGUCUGUUGGGCGUCAAGACCGCGGAUGGCAAGCAAGCUAAAGUGGCCAAACUAGCAAAGAACGAAGUAUUGAUGGUGAAUAUCGGAUCAACAGCAACGGGUGCCAAGGUUAUGGGCGUCAAGGCCGAUGCGGCCAAGUUGACUUUGACUAACCCCGCCUGUACGGCUAUCGGAGAGAAGAUUGCGCUGAGUCGGAGAAUCGAGAAGCACUGGCGAUUGAUCGGGUGGGCCAAUAUUGUGGCAGGCAACACCAUCGAACCGGAGUCUUCUUAGGAUGAGACUUUGAGAUGAGACUACGCCAUGUCGGGGGGGUUGAAAAGUGCGAGGAAGGCCAAGAACGGAAAAGAGAAGGAAGGACAAGGAACCCUUGAAAUUUGAGGGAAAGAACUGGAUUUCAGCCAGCGAUGCUUGGAUCAGGCUGGACAGAUUGAAGUUUGACAUGACAGCGAUGGCCAUGGCAGUGAUGAGAUUGACAUGGCACAGCGACCGCAAAGUAUGGAUGAAUUCUACAUGACACACCUGGCGGAAGCAGACAACUGUGUCUCGGGAGUUAUUGAACUCUCAUGUCCUCUUUUCGCGACCACAUGGACCAGACAUGCUCUGGGAUGAAGCGACAGGUUCCCGAAAGCGUGUCGGCGAGAGAGAGCAGUGGAUUGAACGUGACACGAAGACGAGAUGCAUGACGAAAGAGAGAUAUCGAAGAAUAGAGGAGACAAACCCAGUGAUCAUGGCUCCAUUGACCAAAAUGUGCCUGCGUCUGGUCCCAGUUCCAGCCCGAGUCCGAACAGAUCCCCCGGUGGGCGAGAGUGCCAUCCCAGCCCAUAUUGAAAGUCCCAAGGAUCGAGAACGAGGUCCAAGGCAACCAACGCCACACUCUGGCUCGUAUGAUUCCCUUUACGCCCCAGCUGCAUCGGACUCGGACCAGCCAAAACAAAAACAAUCUAUGAGAAGGGGCACAAGGGGCGGCGGACUUGGGAGUGGUUUGAUGAACCGGCGUGGUUUGGAAUUGGGACUGGAACGGGCACUAGGAGUGGGAAUGAGAACCAGAGUCUCUCAAGCUCCCCCGGACUGAUUUCUAGAACCUGAUUCGGGUAGUACGGUAGAAGUACAUCACAACAUACGUUGUACGGACCUUUAUUUAGACAGGAAGAGAGAGAAUCGAGAGCUACAUCAGAAAUCAAAGUUCCCCAGGACCCAAACUGACGGACAAGAAGGACG